AUGGCAGUGCCUGAAGGUCGUGUUCCCGGCGGAGCGGAUCAACCCCCUCCGAAAGCAGUCACGCAGCCACGCCUGCAGUCCGUCGAUAGUGACACAGCCCUCGAAGCUGUGCGCCGCCGACUGCUGCUGGUAGCCUCUUCGAGCGCUGCGCGAGACUCCCUGGUGCAAGUGUGUGCUGGCGUGGGUGCGCGCGGUAGGGAUUGUUCAGAGCGGCGCUGCCAGUGCCUGCAGAGCCCACUCGGACGGCAAUCGAUCGACAGCAGGCCUGCGAGCACCUGCUGCCUGGUCUGCACGCUGCACCGUGGAGACGUCGAAGCAGACGUGAGUGUCAGACCAGUCACCAGUGUCAUGGGUGAAGACACCCGGUCCCAGAUACAGAGUCGAUUCGCCGAUGCUCCAGAAAACCGCCGACAAGAGCACCCGUCGCAGACAGUACCAGCAGGAGCCAGCAGGAGCCAGCGAGUGCGAGAACGACAGCGCCGCGAACGGGGCGUCGAGACAAGCACGGAUUGGGCUGACCCUAGAUCACUCAAAGGAUCACGCAGGGGGGCGGAACGGCAGACGCUGGGGUUCAGAAAGGGACAGACAUGA